AAACAGGCGCCAAAAGUAGCCAUUUCUCCCGCCCCUCCCCGCUGCCUUUAUUUUUCAUCUUUCUUUCCUCUCUAAUCUCCCACCUAAAUCCAUCCCCGUCUCACUUCAAUCUUUCUCUUUUUUUUUUUUUGUAUUUCCUUCUUCGUUUACGUUUGUCGACGGCGAUGCACCACCCACAGCCUCACAUUUCUACGCCAGCCUCCGCUUCCUUUGCUGCCGCUGCGGCGUUUGACUUCAAACCGGCCAAGCGUCGCGGCAGUUACAAUUGUGGCAGAUGUGGUCUUCCUAAGAAAGGCCAUGUUUGCCAUCUCAACAGUAGCACCAACCCUACUUCGAUUUCUACUCCUACCUCAUCUCCAUCUGCCGUUACCGUCGAAAAUUCCUCCUCCGCCUCCCGUCCACCUCACGCUCCACCCGUACGCCAGUCUUACACGCAUCUCCGACGUGCGCUUUCCUUUGACGACAUCGAAACCCGCGCUGACUCGCCGGAACACGAUUUAGAUGAUUCUGAUUCUCCCUACCCGGGUACGGAUCUUGAUCCGGAUAAUGAGAUGGUCUCUGGUGGGCUACCGGCUGGGUGUUUGUGGGAGGUCUUGAGGAGAUUGCCGCCGGCGGGUCUUUUGGCGGCGGCGAGUGUGUGUAAAGGUUGGAGGGAAACGACGAAGAGGUUGUGGAGGGCGGCGGAGGAGUUGAGACUUAUGGUCCCACCUAGGGGUCAGCUCAGGUUCAUCGGAUCGGUUUUAAAGAAAUGCCCGAGCCUCGUUAGGCUUUCUCUAAAGAUGGAAAGUGAUGUGGAUGCAACGAUGCUGGCCUGCAUUGCGUUUUCUUGCCCUAAUUUGGAGUCUAUGGAGAUUUCUACAUCUAAUACGGCUGUCAAUCGGAUCACGGGGGAUGAAUUGGGUCGUUUUGUUGCUGAUAAACGCUGUCUCACGAGUCUUAAGAUGGAAGGAUGUUCUAAUUUAGGGGGCUUUGUCCUCUCUUCAUCAAGUCUAUCUACACUCUGGCUCUCUGAUCUUUAUUCUCUUUCCAAGAUGGUUUUUAAUUGUCCCAAUUUGAAAGAGGUAUCCUUAGAAUUUUCUCGCCAAGAAAAUGAUACUACCGAUCUUACAACCAUGGUUGAUGCAAUGGGUAGAAGUUGCCCAAGGUUGCAAAACAUACACAUUGCAUCAGUUCGACUUUCACAUGCUGUAGUGCUUUCUCUUACAGCUGCUAAUUUGAGGGGCUUGCGGAUGCUUUCGCUUGUUCUUGGCUCAGAAAUCACAGAUGCAUCUGUUGCUGCUAUUGCUUCAAGUUAUUCAAAAUUAGAAUUGCUUGAUCUCAGCGGGUCUAGCAUCAGUGAUAGUGGCAUUGGAAUGAUCUGCAAUGUGUUACCAAACACACUGUCAAGACUGCUCCUUGCUCUUUGUCCUAACAUAACUUCAAGUGGAAUUCAGUUUGCCACAGCUCAACUACCUCUUCUUGAACUUAUGGAUUGUGGGAUGACCGUAUGUGAUCCUGAUUCCCAGAAUUCACCUUGUGAUGAAAGUGGUGAUAAUGAACUUCCAAAUGCAUUGAACAAUAAACUGCACCUUAUGUACCAGAAGCUUAUUAUUAAACACAGCCGACUAAAAAAACUCAGCUUGUGGGGUUGUUCUGGCUUAGAUGCUUUAUGUUUGAACUGUCCCGAACUCAAUGACCUAAAUCUCAACUCCUGUAAAAACUUGCAUCCAGAGAGAUUGCUCCUUCAAUGUCCAAGUUUACAAAAUGUGCAUGCGUCAGGAUGUCAGGAGUCGUUAAUUGGAGCCAUCAAAAGCCAGGUGAGUGAUAGCAUGGCAUCUUUGGAAAACCAAUUUCAAUGUAAACGAUUGGCUGAUGGCUCCAAGAGGGUUCGUGCACCAGAUUGCCUGAGUCAAGAGGCAAAUGAUGAUAAAAAACGAAGAAAGGUUGUGGAACAACAAUGUAAGGUGCUUGUGGACUAAAAUCCAUUUUUUGUAACCACUACUUUGCACAGCUUUUCUUUGAAAAGAAUAAAUAAAAAAUUAUUGUGCACAAUUGUUGUCUGUUAUCAUAUUUCCUAGGUCAUAGGCCUAAACAUUGAACAGAUAGUUGCUACUUCUCAAAUAAUUUAUGUAUGUCCUUUUUUAAGGACUUGGUACUUCUCUCAUCAAAAAGGAAAAAAAACAAAGUUGAAAAUUUACCAAGUUUUUGUUCGAAAUUA